CGCUAGUCGUCCUCAACUUGGUGCGGGCACGACGCACAGGACUUUGAUGGCACUCUGUCAAUGGACAACUGCUGACUGAUCUCUCUCUUCUCCCCCCUCUUUCUCUUCAUCUUGCUUCCUGAAAGUCGAGUACUUUCUUGCCGGCUUUUCUUGUCCUCCUUGCCAGGCGCAAGGGCACCUUUCUUUCAUCUGGCCGGCCGUCUUAUAUUUCUGAAGAGUGAAGAAGAUGGCGUCGAACGCGAACGCGGAGGCUUCUACCAGCAGCAGCAGCGCGGGGUCGGGAACGGAGGAGGGACCGAGGGCGCAGGCGGGUCCUUUGCCCCGCAAACCGGGGGAGAUUGGGUAUCGCGCGGAGGAGAGUGCGGGGGAGGGGGCGCAGGCGAAUAGGAAUAGUACCCCGCUGCCUGCCCGCCAUCCAGCCGACCGCGAUCAUGCCCAAGAAUCUACGACUACGAGUACAUCCAGGGGUACGCCCGCACCGCCCUUACCCUCCGCGCCAAAUGGCGCGCCCCUCUCGGAUAACUCGUCGACGCACAAGAGCAGGCGACGCCACUUUUUCAAGCCGCGCAGGUUUGGCGGGCUGCACGCGUCGACGCUCGUGCUCUGCGUCCUGCAAGUACUCUUCCUAGUGGGGACGAUUGUGGGCUGGGUCUUUGCGGCCAUGAUCGUGAAUAAACGGGCGAGGAGCGACAGCGACAGCAGCAAUGCGGGCUCGGAGACGAGCGGGUCGAGCGGCGUAUUCAACGCGGGUAUCUUCAUCCACGUCGCGUUCGCAGUCGUUACACUAUCCGAGGUGCUCUUCCUCGAGCGGUGCGUCUUCCGCCUGCGCGCGGAGCGCUACAUGCACGUGCACCCGGGCGCGGUGCUCCCGCGCUCGAUGCACCUCGUGCGCACGAGCAGCGCGAGCAACUCUCGGCUCGCGCUCGCGCCGUGGAACCGCCCGCCGCUGCCGACGUACGCGGCGGCGCUCGCGGAGAGCGGGGUGGGCACGGGCGACGUGGAGGACAGCGCGAUCGCGGUGGCGCCGCCGCCCGCGUACGGGCACAACCGCGGGAGCAUGCUGCUGCUGUCGGGGUACGUGAGCGAGGAUCUGCGCGCGCAGGUGCGCGCGGGGCGGCGGGAGAGCUGGAUGACGGAGGAGAGGGACCGGCCCGUGAGCUACGUGAGCCGCGACGAGGAGUGGGAGGUGGUGAUGGAUGCGGAGAGGGCGAGGAGGUUGGAGGAGCGGCUGAGCCGGAUGGACUUUGGGCAGAGCGUCGCGCGGCCUGCGAGUGUGCAUUCAAGAACGUGAUAACCGCCCAUUCUACGAGCCCCGGCUUGUGCUUCGUGUUUCCGGAUGAGUCGGGGCGUUCGUCGUGUUUUCUUGGCGGACCGGUUCGCUGCGUAGGGACUUCUGACGGUCAUUGCAUGGCCGCUAGGGGACUUUGGUACAUUAUUCUUUGCUGCUGUUGCUCGAUGUCUGGAUCUAUCCUGCUGUAGCCACAAAUUGUAUGAUUGCAUCACCUUCCGUGAUCUUAUCGCGUCAGUGAUGUGGACCGAGACACCACAUCCGC